CUAACUAGAUAAGUUAUUACAAACUUUAGAUAAUAAUUAAGUAUAUAAAGUAAGUUUUACAAUGAAAGAAAUACAGUAUUCAUAACAAGAAGUUAUUUGAAACAUUAAAAAUGACUGGAAAAAUCAUUGCCUUGGUUUGCCUUCAAUUCGCUUUGUUUAAUACCAUCUCCGCACAAUGCCUGAACCGCAUCGUGCCUGGAUGUGGACAGAACAUCCUUCCAAUGCCAGUCCCAGUUGCAGACACAUUAUUACAAAACCAGGUCAUAAUUGGCCAGAAUUACCCACCCAUAGUCGACCUACCUUAUGGAAUGGAGGCAGUCUUACCCAACCAAUUAUCCAUUCCAGCCACUACUAUUAUUCAAGAUAGCUCCGUAGCUAAUAACCUGGCUAAUGCUUUACAGCUUCUGGUGGUAAGCAAUUUGCUAUCCAAUACUCUUCCAUCUGCAUCCCCCGACGUGAUUAUUCCAGGGUUGGGUCUGGGUGAUUAUGGAAUGUUGGCGCCUUAUAAUCCAAUGUUGGCCCCGGUAAAUCCAAUGCUAGCCCCAAUUAAUUCUGUGAUUUCUCCAAUCAAUUCUUGCGGUUGUGGGCCCUGGGUUUAUUAAUUUAUUUAUUUAUGAAAAUUUUGUUUGUGUUAAUAAAUAAAUAUGUAUUGUAAUAAAUAAAUAUUAUAUGUUUUAAUUGAAAUU